AUGCCCCGAGCACCAUGGAAGGGAGGCUUCUUCGAGAGUCUGGUAGGAGUAGCGAAAUGCACGCUCAAGGUAUCCUUCCAGAAGAAGUCCUUCCCGGAGGAGCAUGUUCGGAUAUUAGUGAAGGAGGCCGAAGGCAUGGUCAAUAAUCGACCAAACAUGUACACCGGGGACGGGCGAGAGUAUCAAGUCCUCACUCCCUCCCACCUACUCCCUCCAGAAGACCUGAACCAGACGUUGACCACCCGCAAGCUCAGAGACCAUUAUCUCAAGCUGAUGGACACUCAUGCAUGCUGGAGAAGAGAAUAUCUUUCCGCCCUACACUCCAGGCAUGACUCUCGGCCCAGGAAAAGGACUGAUCUUCUCCCAGGAGAUGUCAUGCUCAUUAAAAUCGAACAGUGUAAGAGAGCUGCGUGCCCACCCCCAACCCUGGUAAGAUUACAGAGGUCUAUCCCGAUGACGAUGGGAUCGUCCGAUCUGCCAAGGUGCUGUAUGACAGCAUAG